AUGAACGCACGGUUCCUGAGCCGAGAGAAGAAAUAUUUAGACAAGCCUGAUUACACCACUUCCAUCUACAUGGACUCCGUCGUCAUAGUGAUGAAAAUACCGGACAAACUGAGAGGUUGGGCAAUCUUCGGAAGGAUCUUCCAGAGAACGGUGUGGCUGGCCCUCGUGGGCGCUCUGUUCGUCAUGAACAGAGCCAUCCUCUGGAUAGGCAAGCUCAACAGUUGGCCCAACUCCUUCUGGUCCACCCUGAGGGCCCUCUGCAACGCCCCGAUCUGCAGGCCGCCGCGAUCCACCCCGGCUAGGAUCGUCCUGGCAGCGGGUUUCUUGGUCGGGAUGGUCAUAGUAACUAUAUUCCAGGCAUCUUUGUAUCAUUCCAUAAAGGAAGGUGUCACCUACGAAAGAAUGAAAACUAUCCCUCAAGUAACAGAGAACUUCCAACUAGUGACCGACUCCGAAUCGAUAAAAGAUAUUCUUCAUAAAUACGAAAUUGGGAAUCAUAAGUUAAAAUUAGAACUGAAAAUUAUGCGAUUGAAGAAUGAGGUUUUCGAUACGCAUGGGUUCGUGACCCGUGAAAUGGAAAUCAAGCUGCUCAUAGAGGCGGGGGAGCUGAGGUCCGACUUGUACAACGUGGAGGAGACGGUGUGCAGUAUUCCCAUGUCUUACGUAAUGAAGAGGGGGAGCCCAUUUCUAAAACGACUCACGGACUUCACAUCUCGGGUAUUCGAGGGAGGGCUUUGGAGUAUUUGGUAUAAAAUGACGUUACGUCGACUUUCACGGGGGAAAAAGCUAAAAAAAAUGGAACCAGAUUUCAAGGUUCUGUCUUUAAGAGACGUUGAAGUCGCUUUCUUCGUCCUGAUACUUGGUAAGUUGCUUAGAAAUCACAUCAAAACUUGGUAA